AUGAUAUUAGCAGAAACAAAAGACUUUUCCGCAUUCAUUGAAACACUCAAAGACAAAAAAUCAGCAGAAACUGGGCUACUAAUAGGAAGCUGGAUCAGUGACAAGCCUCAUAUUUAUUUCCAAUCGAGAACACCUUCUUUACUCCCCCCCCUCCGUGAGUGAACAAAACCAUUAGAAAAAUCGCUAUUUUUUGCCCAAAAAACCCACCCUCCGUGAGUGAACAAAAAUUUUUUUAAUAGAAAAAUUUUUUGAUGGAAAAAAAUUUUGAUAUAUAAAUGAUAAUUAGUAUAAUGAAAUCUAGAGCUAAUUCUGUUUAAUUUCAAACGAAUUGCUUUUUAAAAACAUAAAUUUUAUAAAUUAAAUUAAUAUUUGCUUUCCCAGUUUUUGUGAAUUAGGAUUUUUUUAAAUUUCGAAAAAAAAAAUAUUUUUAUAAAAUUUAUAUAUAAAUUUUUUAAAAAAAAACAAUUUAACCCGAGUGAACAAAAUUUUUUUGUUCACUCACGGAGGGGGGGGGGGGGAGUUAGAAAUUCAGCCACAAAAAGGAAUUUCGGCGCUGCUUUCGACCCCUUUGACACCUCCUGAGGCACUUUAUUCAGAUUGGGUCCUUGAACAUUCUAAUCAGCUUUCCCGGCUACUUCCAGGAGGUCUAGAUAUUAUUGGCUUAUUUAUGGUUUCUGAUGAAGAAUUGAAUUUAGAAAGCUUUGCGUUCUUACCAUCAGGGCUUUUAAGCUUAUUAAAUGACCUUUCUAUAGAAGUUUUAUCAAGAAAUUCAGUUUUACUUAUGCAUUUCAAUUCAUGCAGUUAUAAAUAUACUUUUUUUACUUGUUUUUCUCUCGAAAAAAUUAUUUUUAUUUAUAAAAUAUUUAUAUCAUACAAAUUACAUUGAUAUAUACACUUAAAAUUGUUGAUUUAAAAGUAAAACUUAUAACUGCUGGAGACUUAAAGCUAGUCCAAUUACCUAAACUGGAAGAAAUCCGCUGUUUUCUAAAGGUAAAUCUCGAAGCUGCAGGAGAAGGAAUUCCUCAACUCUUAAUCCAAGAUAUUUUAAAAGAAUGAAACGUGAUGCUCCAUUCCUGCAUAAUUUUUAUAGACAAACAGCUCAAAAGUGAUCAAAUUAUUGGAAAUUUAAAACAAGGAAUUAAUGCCCAAGAUAAAGGGUUUCAUAUUGCUGAAAUUUAUUCAAAAAAUUAUGGAUUUUGCUCUAAUGAACAGUUAUUUAGAAUUAAUAUACAAGGAUUUAUAGAGAGCAGAGUCCUUGUUACUCAGAAAAUGACGAUAAAAGAGGCAAGGGACUUGAUAAUUAAAGAUAUAUUAUUUUCGAUGAAAGACAGGCUAGAAAUUGUGUCUGAUGAGUUUACUGUGGAAAAGAACCCGUUUUUGGCAGCUCCGCUGCCAAGAAAAAUACAGCUGCCUAGAAGAGUGUUUUAUUCUUAUAACAGUUGUGUGCUGAGCAGCUAUAUUUCGGCUUCACAAGAGGAAAAUAUAGCCCAAGCCUAUACAGAAGUAAUAGCUUCUGUUAAGCUCACCCCUGUUGAUUCUGUUGAAACUCUACCCAAAGUUGAAACUAAACAUGAAGAAAAUAGCAAUAAUUCAAAUAAAAUAGACUCAAAUUCUGACUCCUCCCUCUGUGAGCGAAGAAAAAAAAAUUGUCGAUCAUGGAGAGGUUUUUUUUUAGAAAAUUUCUGUGUAAGCUUUAUAAUUUAGAAAAAAUUAAAGCAAAUAUUAAUUAAUAUAUAAAAUUUACAAAUUAAAAUGCAAGCUGUUUAAAAUUAAACAGAAUUAGCUAGAGAUUUCAUUAUAAUAAUAUUAUUAAUAUAUCGGAGGGUGGAUUUUGGGCAAAAAAGGGAAUUUCCAGUGGAUUUAUUCGCUCAUAGAGGGGAGUGAGAUAUUUUCAUAUACAAUCUUUGGAAUGAUGUUUAUGAUGCUUUUUAUCUCUUUUAUUGUCAAGGCAUACUACUAA